AUGUCAUUCUACAGGCUGUAUAUCUGUUCCAAGAGAGACCCAACUUGUUUUACCGUUGCGGUUAUCGACGUUUGGCCACAGAGGAUCUUGGUUAGUAUUCGUAUAUCUGGUUCGGCCCCGCAGCUUGAGGAUACUCGCCGAGGACCUGGGGGCGUUCUGGACCCUGAAGACAAACCCAAUUCAGAAAGAUUCGAGAUGCGCAUGUCUAAUGCGAUGUAUGGGAUGUUGGAUGUGAAGUUUGCAAAGCUAGGCGGGUUGCUGACGGCCUUAGUAGUAUAG